AUGAUAAAAAAACUUUUUAGCAGAUUUUCUUCUUCUGCUUACACCUUCUUGAAAAAUAAAGCUCAGACUUAAGAAACAAUAAAGAUACUAAAUUUUUGUAAAUUUUUUGAAGAAGUUACAAAACAAUCUAAAGAAAAAAAAUUAUAUAAUUAUGAAGAAGCACUUACUAAUAUGCAGAAAUAUGAUAUUGAUUAAUUAAAUUUAGAAACCUUGUAAUGGAUGUAUUAGAAUAUUUUUGACCAUUCUUAAUUGAAUGAUGCAUUUAAUAAUUUACUUGGAGUUUAAAUUAUGUUGUUAAAUAAAGGAAUAAGUGGCAAUCUAGUUAGCCGAGAAUUUUUAAAUAACUAUAUGAGUUAUCUUAAAAAUUAUCACAUUCUUAUGUAGUGUAAUAUAUUCUACACCACAAAUUUAGUUUAGUUUUUAUACUAAAUUAAAAAUAGUUUUGGUUCUUUAAAUAAUACAGAAUAGAGUAUUUUAUACAAUGUUUGUGACAGGUAUUAAAAUUAUAUUUAAUAUCUACGACCAAAUUAUAUAUCUACUUAGUUUUACUAUUUAUCCUAACUAAACAUUAAUAAUUAUAGCUUAAAGCAUUUUUUUAAUAUUUAAAUUUUAUUUAUAAGAAGAAUUGCUGAAGUUUUGAAUGAUUUUAAUGAAAAUUAAUUAAAAUCCUUAUAUUAUUCUAUUGGAAGAGAUGGAUUUUAUAAUGAAAAAAUAAAAUAAUUUAUGAUUAAAAAAAUAGAAGAAAAUGCUGAAAUUAAGACACCUGAUUAAUUUAUUUCUUAAAUAAAUUUAUUUUUAUGUACGACAAAUGUAUUCAAUGAACCUUAAAUAAAAAGCAAGUUUAUAAAAAAAAUUAAUAAUAUAAUUUCAGUUUAAAACUAAUUUUUAGAAACAAAAUAAUCAUAACUAAUAUAGUUUUACUAAUAAAUCAUAAGGUGUGAAAUAUUCGAUGAUUUUAUUUGGAAUAGUUAUUUCUAAAUUUAAUCUUAACUUUAAGAUUCAUUUAGAAAGGAUUUUAUUAGUUAUAAUUUAAUACAGUUUAAAUCACAUUUAAGCAAUACAAGUAAAAAUUAUGUUGAAUAGCAUUUUGAGAAAAAUAAAGUGGAUUAUUUGUAAAGGCUUUCUAGUUCUUAAUUUAAUUCAGCAAAAACAAUGGAAAAAAAUAUUUAAGUACUUUUUAAUGAAUUGAAUUUAAAUUAUGAAAACAAUAUACGCAGUAAAGAUUAUUAUAUAAAGUUUUAGUUGAUUAAUUUGAAAUUGAUUUUUAUUUUCCAAAAUAUAAUCUAAUAGUGGAAACAUGUGGUCCAAUCCAUUAUGCAUUUAAUAUAGAUGUAAAAGAAGGAAUUGAAAUUAAAAAUUUUAAAUAGGAUCAAAAAAUAUAUGCAAAUUAACAUUUAAAUUAGACAUCUUUAUUUAAAAAAAAAUAUCUUGAGAGUUUAGGAUAUAGAGUAUAUUAUUUGAAUUUCUUUGAUUAAAGAGAAAAAAAUGUAUAAGUUCAAAUUUUGGAAUAUUUAAAGUCAUUAAAAUGA